UCCCACCCCCACACUCCUCCUUCCUUCAGUUCCCCCUUCCUUCCCUUCCUUUUGCCCCCCUGCCUUCCAACCAUCCAAGAAAACACCAACCCACAACCCAAGAACGCGACAAGAAGCUGGGGGUACUACCACACCAAAAUCUGCAUACGGACAGAUUAGUUCGGGUUAACUCUCCCCGCAAGUGCUGGCGUCCAUGGAGAGGGAAGGGGGGGCCAAGGUCGAGAGGAAGGCCGGAAGAGGGGGCGAUGGUAGGACCGCUGGUAGUAAUGGCGGCGGCGGCGGCGGCGGCAGUGGCGGGAAUGGGAGGUGGAAGUGGAGCGGAGUUUACGGUAGCGGUGGUGGUGGCGGCGGCCACCGACAGUACCCGAUCAUCCAGGCCUACCCGGCGCUCCUGCCCCUGCCUAUAAACUCCGGCCGCGCGCAUAAUAACGGAGCGGCCGCGCUGCCCCUUCCGCCUCCUGUGCUGCUGUACCUGCAGCAGCCGCCGCCGCUGCACCUGCUCCCCGCGGCCGCCACGUGCUACGGGAAACCCAUGGCCGGCGCGGCGCAGAGGGGGCCAAUGUGGACGCACAGGCCAUCCAAGAAGCCCCCGCCGCCCCCGCACGCCGUCACCGCCGCGCUCCUGCCGCUCCCGCAGGAUGCCAAGCCGUUUCCCCACAAAAAGUUCUCCAUACAUGAGAAGAAGACAUCUGAUGUUGGAAUGGAUCAUGUAAACGGCCAUCAUAGGCUCUCAAGCAAUCACCAAAGAAGUCCCAUUGCGCGGAGACCAGACAACGGUGGGAUUGAGGGGGCUGUGAUUCCUCUUUCUGCGAAUUAUUUCAUUGUUCGGUUCAAUCCGGAUCAAAAGAUUUUCCAGUACGAUAUUGACAUAACCCCGCAUCCAUCGAAGGAAACAGCAAGAAUGAUCAAGAACAAGCUUGUUCAAGAAAAUUCAAGUGUUCUCUCAGGUGCGCUGCCGGCCUUUGAUGGCCGCAGGGACCUUUAUAGUCCUAUUGAGUUUCAGGAGAACAAGGCUGAGUUCUUCGUCAAUCUCCCAGUUGCAUCAACACGAUGUCCAGUAGAUAAAAAGAAUGGCCACAUGCUUGACAAACAGAAUUUUAAAGUUUUCAAGGUGAACAUUCGAUUGGUUUCGAAGCUAAGUGGUGAGGACUUGAAUAAGUAUUUGACCGAAGACAAGGAUGGCAUUUCACUCCCUCAAGAUUACCUCCAUGCGCUGGAAGUCAUCUUACGAGAAGGUGCUAUGGAAAGUUCCGUUCUAGUAGGCCGGUCUUUGUAUCCACGUUCUAUGGUAGAAGCAAGGGAGAUUGGUGGUGGGGCUGUUGGAUUAAGAGGUUUCUUUCAGAGCCUGAGGCCAACCAAGCAAGGUCUUGCCCUUAAUGUUGACCUCUCACUCACAGCAUUCCACGAGAGCACGGGCAUGAUUGUGUACUUGCAGAAGCGCUUUGAGUUCUUGAAGGACCUUCCGCAUCAAAAAACUAGGGCUUUGUCAGAAGAGGAGCGGAGAGAGGUGGAAAAAGCAUUGAAAAACAUUCAAGUUCGUGUAUGCCAUCGUGAGACCGACCAAAGGUACCAUGUGCAUAGCUUGACCAAGGAAACAACCGAAAACCUCAAGUUUCGAGAUCGAAGUACCAAAGAUCUUAUGGUGGUGGAUUACUUCAAGGAGCAAUAUAACCAUGAUAUACAGUUCAGGAACAUGCCAUGCUUGCAGAUUGGUAGGAGCAAACCAUGUUAUGUGCCAAUGGAGCUUUGUGUAGUUUGUGAGGGUCAGAAGUUCCUUGGCAAGCUCUCAGAUGAACAAACCUCCAAGGUUCUCAGAAUGGGGUGCCAAAGACCAAGUGAAAGGAAGGGAAUCAUAAAGGGCAUUGUCGAAGAAGAAUUUGGUGCUGGAAGUAAUUCUUACGCGGACCAAUUCAACCUCCAAGUGUCAAAGGACAUGACACAACUCUCUGGGAGGGUUCUCCUGCCACCAAGACUCAAGUUUGGUAGUGGAGGGCGCAUUACGGAUAUGACGCCACACCGAUUUGAUCGUCAAUGGAGUUUGCUGGACAGUCAUGUUACUGAUGGCUCCAAGAUUAAAAACUGGGCUUUGAUAAGCUUUGGUGGUACCCCGGAGCAGCACUCCUGUAUCCCAAAGUUUGUCAACCAGCUAUCAAGUCGGUGUGAGCAGCUUGGGAUUCUUCUAAACAAGCAACCCGUCAUCAGCCCAUUGUUUGAGCGGAUUCAAGUUCUCAACAAUCCUGGCAUUUUGGAGAGUAAACUCGGGAAAAUUCAAGAAGCUGCAUCAGGCAACCUGCAGCUACUAAUCUGUGUCAUGGAACGGAGGCACCGUGGCUAUGCUGACCUGAAGCGGAUUGCUGAAACAUCCAUUGGUGUUGUGACACAGUGCUGCCUUUAUCCCAACUUAAGCAAGCUGACGGUGCAGUUCGUGGCCAAUUUAGCCCUGAAGAUGAAUGCUAAGCUUGGUGGAUGCAAUGUUUCCCUCUACAACAGCCUUCCUUGCCAAAUUCCUAGAAUGUUUUCAGAUGAGGAGCCAGUGAUGUUCAUGGGUGCUGAUGUCACACACCCUCAUCCACUCGACGACUCGAGCCCAUCGGUGGUCGCCGUAGUCGCGAGCAUGAAUUGGCCUGCGGCGAACAAGUACAUCUCCAGGAUGAGGUCACAAACGCACCGGAAAGAAAUAAUCGAACACCUGGAUGUGAUGGCUGGUGAACUGCUUGAAGAGUUCCUGAAGGAAGUUGGCAAGCUCCCGGGUAGAAUCAUAUUCUUCCGGGACGGUGUGAGCGAGACGCAGUUUGACAAGGUCCUCAAGGAGGAGAUGCAUGCCCUGCGAGUGGCCUGCUCGAGGUACCCAGGCUACAAGCCCUUGACCACGUUCGUCGUGGUUCAGAAGAGGCACCACACCAGGCUCUUCCACAGGGAGAAGAACGGUGGCUCCACACACUUUUCGGAUCAGAACAUACCGCCGGGGACGGUCGUCGACACGGUGAUCACGCACCCGAGGGAAUUCGACUUCUACCUGUGCAGCCACUGGGGCACCAAGGGGACGAGCCGUCCAACUCAUUACCACAUCCUGUUGGACGAGAACAAGUUCCAGUCCGACGAGGUGCAGCAGCUGAUACACAAUCUUUGCUACACUUUCGUGCGGUGCACCAGGCCGGUGUCCCUUGUGCCCCCGGCGUACUAUGCGCAUCUCGCCGCGUAUAGGGGCAGGCUGUACCUUGAGAGGUCAGAUUCGGUGGCCACCAGCUGCACAACGCUGUACAGAUCAACCCCAUUGCAGACGACGCCUCUGCCCAAGCUCACUGACAGUGUGAAAAGGCUCAUGUUCUACUGCUGAUGCCCUGCUCUGUCCCUUGGAUCUCGUGGCAUUUUGCAUGUUUUCUGCUUCUGCAGUGUAAUCUGUAUCUACCCGAAUUUAUUUAGGGAAACAUGUAUAGUGUGUCCCUGGACAACGAUCAUGCGCAUGUCAGUAGCAUCUUACAGUGGUUGGGUGUUGGUGCUUGGUUGCACUAUGCAAAAUUCUGAUACCAAA